AUGUCUGCUAAUGUUAUGUCUCGCACUUCGUCGACUGCGACGCCUACAUGGCAUCACUUCGAGCGGAAGCUCGAAGAGGUCAAACCAUCUAAAACCGAUAUCAACUAUUUGGUCAUGGAUUACCUCAUCACCAAUGGCUAUCCCGCUGCUGCGAAGAAAUUCGCAGUGGAGGCCAACAUCCAGCUCAGAACGGAUCUUGAAGCCAUCCAAGAGCGGGUUGAAAUUCGCACUGCAAUUCACUCUGGUGAUAUCCAGGCGGCCGUUGAAAAGAUCAAUGAGCUGAAUCCUCAGAUCCUUGAUGAAGACCCGUCUUUGCACUUCUCCCUCCUACGUCUCCAGCUGGUUGAGUUGAUCCGGACCUGCAUGGACACCCCUGGUAGCGAUAUUGCUCCUGCUCUGGAUUUUGCGACGGCACAACUUGCACCCCGCGCCCCUACAAACCCUCAGUUCUUGGCAGACCUCGAGCGGACUCUUGCCCUUCUUAUUUUCCCCAGUGAUAAACUGGCCCCAUCGCUUGCGUCGCUCCUGGACCCUGCACUUCGUAAAGAAAUCGCAACCCGAGUCAACGAGGCAAUUCUGCAGAACCAGGGUGCUCGUAAAGAGGCCCGGCUGCGCAAUCUUGUGAAGACCCGGGCAUACGCCGAGCUAAAGGCACGAGAGGCCAAAAAAGACAUCCCAGAUACCUUGGAUAUUGGCUUGGUCGGCGAUUCUCACGACAACAGUAACAGUAAUGACCUUGCUACUAACAUUCGUGACACUCUGAUGUCGAACAACAGCGACAUUGAUCCAAUGAUCUCCUGA